CCUCCCACUCCUAAAUGUUGUCUUGCUGUGGCCAUUUUACACUUUGGUUCCCUGAAAAAUAAUUACACUUGGCUACACGGGGAAAAAUAAAAUAAAAAUAAAACACGCUUCACACCUGGGCUUCAACGUGACAUUAAAAGAACUGCUUCUGGUCACACGUGGCACUGGGUAUCUAAUGCUGUAACCAUAAAGAAGUAGGACAGAGACAAGGAGCAGAGUCGGUGGAUCAGCAUGGACUAUGAGCGCAGGGGUGGGCGAGGUGACCGCACAGGUCGCUAUGGCAACACCCACAACGAUCACAACUUCCGGGACAUGGACUACCGAGGCUAUGGCCAAGAGGAUGAGGAGGCAGGGGUAGGAUACGACGUCAGAGCAGAUGGGGACAGACCGUACGGUCAUGACGAGCAAUCACUGGGCGCCCGUGACUUCUCACCAAGUCGUCUUCAAGACCGCCCGGGGUUUCACCAGAGAGGAGAUGCCCGAGGGGACCUUGGCCGUGAGGGGAAAGGUCUCCUGUGGCCUCCUUGCUCUCAGUCGCAGCCUGAUCUAGCCCUUCCCAUGCUCCAGCGAGAUGAGGAGGGAUCCAGGCGGGAGUUUGAGCCGCUACGGACUGGCCUGCAGGAACGGGGUCGGGGGAAAGGUGGUAGAGGCUUUCCUGAUAACAGUGCCCCCCAUUCAGGGAGUAGGGAUGGCAACUGGGGUCGUGGCGGUGCCCAUUCUGAACAGAUGGAGUACAAUACGGCAAGACAGAGAGAGGAAGACAGGUUCUCUCGUGGGACAGUGAAAAGGAGGGCUUUUCCAGUGGGGACAGAGGAGCAUAGUUGUGGGAGUGCUGGUCCAGACUUGUCCCUCGAGGAGUUGGAUCAGAGGGAUCAGGACUACCGUGCAGAUCUAGACCACAACCAGAGGCCAAGCAACAUCAUUAUGCUUCGUAUGCUGCCACCCAACGCCACCGCCAAUGAGAUCCGGGCACAACUUCAGGAGCAGGGGAUCCAGCCAAGAGAGGUUCGCCUCAUGAGGAACAAAUCUUCAGGUCAGAGCCGAGGAUUCGCCUUCGUCGAGUUUAAUGUCAUACAGGAGGCCACCCGCUGGAUGGAGACCAACCAGGGUGUACUGUUGAUUCUGGGACAAAGAGUGUCGAUGCACUUCAGUGACCCGAAACCACGUGCCAAUGAGGACUGGCUCUGCAACAAGUGUGGUGUGCAAAACUUUAAAAGGCGAGAGAAGUGCUUCAAAUGCAGUGUGCCUAAAUCAGAGGCUGAGCUGAAGUUGCCCCAGUUGCAGAGGGAUUUGCCAGUUGGCCUUCAAAAGGAGGGAGCCCAAGGCUUAUUGCCCCUGCCAGCACCCUACCACUCUUCUGCUCCAGCUGUCAACCCAGGACAGGCUACACAGCAGGCAGAUGUUGCCAAUGACACUCUUAUUCUAAGAAACCUUGGCCCACAUACUUCACUGGAAGCCAUCUUAUCUGCUUUGGCUCCAUUUGCCACUCUCUCCCCUUCCAAUGUUCGCCUCAUCAAGGACAAGCACACACAUCUCAACAGGGGCUUCGCCUUUCUACAGCUCUCUACAAUAGUGGAGGCAUCUCAGCUGCUCCAAAUCCUGCAGGCUCUCCAGCCAUCUCUCUCUAUUGACGGGAAAACUAUUGUGGUGGAGUUUGCCAAAGGCUCCAAACGUGAUGUGUUCCUGACCGAUGGCAGCAGAGUGAGUGCUGCUACAGUGGCCAGCACAGCUAUAGCUGCUGCACAGUGGGCUGUAACGCAGACUGCUCAGAAUGGAUCAAGUGGAGGCCAGAGUAUAGAUACAGCAGUGUAUCAGCAGGGGGCAGCAGUAACAUACAGUCAAGAAGGAAAUGAAUACUCUGGCCUAGAUGGCACAACUUUCAAGGCCCAGGCAGAUUCCAGAGUUGCUGGUUUGCCUGGUGCUGGAACAGCCCUAAUGGGGGCAUACACAGGAGGAUCAGCUCCAGCUGCCAUUUCAUCGGAGGCAGUGACUUCUGGAUCAGCGGUAGUGCAGCAGUCUCUCUCUCACACACAGACUGCUCUUAUCACCACAGCUACCACCACACCAGUCACACAGGUUGAGAUAGUGGGAAAACCACAACCAGCUACUCCCAGCCAACCUGCAACCCCAGGCACUGAACACGAGCUCCAGCAAUACCCUGUGCCAGAUGUGUCCACAUACCAUUAUGACGAAAGCUCAGCAUACUAUUACGACCCGCUCACAGGACUCUACUAUGACCCUAAUUCCCAGUACUACUACAACCCUCAUACUCAACAAUACAUGUACUGGGACGGAGAGAAGCAAACCUACAUUCCUGCUGCUGCCAGCCAGUCAAAUGCAGAAGGUGGUCCUAUGAGUGGAGCCCCUUCAGACUCUCUGUUUGCUUCCCCUGGCAGCAAGGAGAAAAAAGACAAACCCAAGAAUAAAACUGCCCAGCAGAUUGCCAAAGAUAUGGAGCGCUGGGCUAAGAGUCUCAAUAGACAGAAGGAGAAUAUGCGUUCUGUCUCUUCCUCCCCUGGUGUCGGCUCCACAGCGCUACCACCUGGGUACACGAGGGCACCUGGCCUCAGUCGCCUAGAUGACCGGCGGGAAUCUGCUAGUGCUGACGCAGGCUAUGCUGUUCUGGAGAAAAAGGGGGCACUGUCUGAACGGCCUCAGAUGUUUCUCGACCAGAUCCGACAAAGUACAGAACGUUCCCCACCUCAGCAGCAGGGUCUGGUCCCGGCCUACAGUGGGGAAACUGACAGCGAAGAAGAAGGAGGCGAGAAAGACGAGAGAGAAGGGAGAAUGACAGACUGGGUUAAACUGGCCUGUCUGCUGUGUAGGAGGCAGUUCCCUAGCAAGGAGGCCCUCAUCAGGCACCAGCAGCUCUCUGAGCUACAUAAGCAAAACUUGGAGCAGAGGAGAGUCCAGCAGGAAGCAGGCAAAGAGAGACAUGCAGAUGGACCUGAAACUCCUGAUCCUAAGAGGAGAAAGUUCAACCCCAUUGAUGGGAUCACAGGCUCGAGUCUCGGUGCCAGGAUGCUGCAGGGAGGUGUGAAACGGGGGCUUCUUUUGCGCAAUAUGCAAGUGGAGUGAACCACCACCAUGAAGUCUCAAAUUCCUGAACACGCAACACGUCACCAUUAACAUCAUAUAGAUAUCUAUAGGCAAACCUCUUAAUUUUGGUUUUGACAUCACGAUUACCUCAACGGUGGUAAUAACACUCAUCUGAACUGAUCCUGUAGCAGUGGAUGUCAGGAUAUUGCACAGAAUGCACUUUUUUUGCUUUCUUCCUGAAUGAUGCAGUUUUGAGUUAUCACUUGCUUCAGAGCUUGUGUGUGGUAAACAAGCUUUAUGUGACUGGGAAACACUUGCUGCUGGAAAAUGAAAGAUCAAUAUAGAUCUUUAUGGCAGCAAAUUGGGUUUUCUAAUAUUACUGUCUAUGCACCAUAGAUUUUUUUGUUUUGUUUCCGUUAAUUUAAUGCUAUAUGCCUUGUCAUUCAGUGAAUGACUGAUCUGGGCAUGAAGUGUGUGUAUACAUUUUAGACUGUGGCCUCAUGAACUGAGUAGGGCCACGCUAACAAGAGUGUGUAGAUGAAAUGUCUCAUAUUGCAGGUAUGUAUUCAGUGUAAUACAUACAGUAGUUAUGUCUGGUGAAAAUUGUUUUUUUUUUUUUCUGUAUUUGUUUAAUAAUGUGAUUGUUUCAUUAAGCUCAUGUAAAUUAAUUCUGAAUAACACAUUUUCAUCAUU